AUGAUCGUUCCUCCUGGUUUCUCUCAUACCAUUGCAAGGCAGGGUGAGUAUACAGUUUGCAAACUUCACAAGUCCUUAUAUGGACUCAAGCAAGCCUCCAGGCAUUGGAAUCUUAAGCUCACAAAUGCCUUGCAUAAAAUGGGGUUCACACAAAAGCACUAUAAUUACUCUCUCUUCACUAAAAGGGAAGGCUAUAGUCAAGUGUUUGUUCUCAUCUAUGUAUAUGACUUAUUAGUCACUGGUAGUCAUGUUCAGUUGAUUGAUCAAACUAGAGCAGAUUUACAGAGAUUCUUCAAAAUGAAAGACUUAGGGGAGCUGAAAUUCUUUCUUGGGAUUGAAUUUGCAAGGUCCUCUAAAGCUAGAACUCCUCUAAAAGUUAAUCAGAAGUUGACUACUGUGGAAUUUGACAAAGCAGUAGCAGAUGCUGCGGAUAAUGAUCUUGUUUUAAAAGAUGCAAGUGUAUAUCAAAGGCUUGUUGGCAGACUGUUAUACCUGACAAUGAAUCGACUAGAUAUCUCUUAUGUUGUACAAACACUUAGUCAGUUCAUGCAUGCUCCUAAACAAUCACAUCUAGAUGCUACCACCAGAGUAGUAGGAUAUAUCAAGACUGCUUCAGGACAAGGUUUGUUGUUGCCAGUAGAAGGAGAUGUACAAAUAUUUGCAUAUUGUGAUGCAGACUGGGAUGUAUGUUUGCACACAAGAAGGUCUGUUACGGGCUAUCUAGUGUUCUAUGGUGAUGCCUUGAUUUCUUGGAAGUCGAAGAACCAAGAAAUUAUUGCAAGAAGUUCUAUAAAAGCAGAAUUUUGA